AUGCUCAAGCGCUCGUCACUUCGUCCGUCUACGGACGACGACGGUCCUUGCGCCAUUAAAGUCGUGGUGCGCGCCCGCCCCCUUAAUGACAAAGAGCGGCAAGCUAACACGCCGAUUGUAGUGGGCGUCAGUCGUACUCAAAUUCAAGUAGUAAAUCCUGCUAUAUUUUCGGAUCCAUCAGUUCUUGAAGCGGCAGGUUCGGGGGGAAGUGGUCCCGCAUUGAGUUCUUCACUUAUAUCAGCAGCGAAUGUCACCGGGGAAUGCCGCACGUUUCAAUUUGAUCGGUGUUUUGGUUCUUUCUUCAAUGGCCAUGAUGUGGAUGAAGAGAAACAGAGACCUAAUCAGGAACUCAUUUUUGACGAAAUGGGGCAAUCAUUGAUCGAGUCAGCAUUUCAAGGAUUUAAUUGUACCAUGUUCGCAUACGGUCAAACGGGUAGUGGCAAGACGCAUACAAUGGUUGGUGAUAAAACUGCUAGUGGGAAAGGGGUCAUUCCUAGAGUAUGUGAAGCAUUAUUUCAAGAGAUUGAAGCUCGAAGAGAGCGUGAAAGUAUAUUUCACGAUCAAGAUGGAUUGAAAAGAACGAUCUAUAGUGCUCAUGUGAGCUAUUGUGAGAUAUACAAGGAAAAGGUAAAUGAUCUGCUUGAUACAGAAAUAUCAGAGAAACAAAGAUCGUCAUUAGCGAACCAUACUCAAAGUGACGUGGAAAGUCGACGAGCACUCAAAGUGCGAGAACAUCCAGUGACAGGCCCAUUUGUGGAAGGACUAAGUAUUCGGUCAGUGACAUCGUAUGCUGACAUUGCGGACGAAAUGCUUGCAGGAGAGAAGCUACGGACAGUCGCUUCGACUUUAAUGAAUGCUGUGUCAUCACGCUCACACGCCGUUUUUACGAUUACGUUUACUCAGACAUCGUUCGACCCAAUUUCACAGUGCGCGAAUGAAAAGACUUCAAAGAUCAGUAUGAUUGAUCUUGCUGGUUCCGAACGUGCGAAUGUGUCGGGUACUAGUGGUGAUCGGUUGAAAGAGGGCGCUAUGAUUAACAAAAGCCUCACCACGCUAGGACGUGUCAUCUCAGCCCUCAGCAAACAAGCGUCAGACAGGAUCCCUUAUCGAGAUAGCACACUUACGUGGCUGUUAAAGGAAAGUUUAGGAGGAAACGCGAAGACAACUAUGCUUGCCAUGAUCAGUCCUUCUUCAGAAAAUUACGACGAGACAAUGAGCACGUUGCGGUAUGCAGAGUCCGCGAAAAAAGUGAUGAAUCGUGCAGUUGUAAACGAAGACAAGAAUGCUCGAAUCAUACGACAGCUUCGCAAUGAAAUUGAAGAGUUACGAUUGCAACUGGCACGACAUGAGGCUAAUCCGAGCAUAGAACAUAGAACUUCCAGCACUGCUGCUUGUUUGGUCGAGCACGAAUCAUUUUACGCCGAGUUGCAGAAAGAGGUUGAUUUUUUUCGCUCACAACAGAUGCCAGUGAGUGAAAGUACUGGACGCUGUGCCAUUCAUUUGAGCGACAGCCUCCCGAGUCUUGUAAAUUUAAGCGCCAACUUGGUACCUGGUGAAGCCCUUGCGUAUGUUCUCGUGGAGGGCACAACGUUAUUCGGGUCUGAUCCAAGCCCCGACAUGACAAAAUACGAGGCUGUUGAAGUCGCUUCAGACCACAUGGAAAAUGAUGAACAGUCGAUCGAAAUUAGCGAAAUGCCUUACAAGCCAAGAAAACGACGCGGAUCAUGGACUUCAACAAUGUUGCGACGUCGAAAAAAUCAUCCAAAGAGCGCUCCAUCAACUCCUAGAGGAAAAACUUCUCAACCAGUCAGUGCUGCUGAAAUCGUUUUAGCUCUUUCGAGUGGCAAACGAUCGGUGAUGCAGAUUUGUAAACUUCCUGGAGGCGAAGUGAGUCAAAUAUUACCUCUACAUGCUCGAUUUACUUGUACACGAGUGCUGAAGGAACAAGACUCGAAUAGUGAAAACAAUUUGACUGAAUACAUUGUGGAGCUUGAGUCACUAGAUCCCACAGCAAUUGUUCUAGUCAAUGGAGAGUCUCUAGACUUCGGUAAAGAACAGCCUAUGAAACUACAUCAUGGUGACCAAGUGCGGCUUGGCAAACCCUAUUGCUUUCGAAUUCAUGUGCCUGGAUAUGCACCGUCGACGCCACGAAUCGCAGAGGCAGUUGAGCAACCGCUGGGAGUAGAAAUUGGCUUUAAUCGCGAGCUCCAAGUGCUGAUAGACGAAGCAAAUGCAAUUUGUACGAAGUAUGUUCUUAAUACUACAUUUGCGGUGGGACCCGAAGGAAGUGUUACUGUCAGGAAAAGGCUUGAAGGAUAUUGCUGCAGCACCAUACAGUGGGAUCGGACGAUGUUCGAGAUGAAACUUCAAUUCUUACGAGAAUUUGCCGCCUCUUUAGAAAAUGUCGUGUCUUACACUGUCGAGACAAGUCCGAUGAUUCAGGAUGUACAAGCUCCUGUAGAUCCUUCUAAAGUUGCUGCUUUUCGUCUACCAGGUGCUGUUACGGAAAGUGAUGUACCAGUUACUGAAGUUAAAUGCGAGAAUGAAAAGCAUGCAACGACUGAGCAAGUUCUUGUUAAACCGCAAACCCAAAUAAUGUCUUCGCUACGUUUACUCGGGUAUGGACAGAUUUAUUUUCCAGCUCAAGAAUUACAAUCAAUUGUGCCUUUAUCUGUCGCGGUCUACGACUUUUCUGCAACUUUUAUUGGCAAUCUUCAGACGCGGUUGGAGGCAAUUCAGGGGUCGGCUCAACCAGGUAAAAAGAGAGGCAUUUUGUCAUCAAAAGAUACCACGAACUCGCUCCAUCGUAUUCGAGUGCAUCUCGAUAAGAUGGAAUUUGACACUAAGAGUUUUGUUUCUGCGUCCAAUAUUUUCGUCACACUCAAAGAGACAGCGUCAAAAGCAUUUAAAAGGAGGAAUUUCGAGCAUAACGAAGUUUCAUCUGACGAAGAGGACAUGCCAAAGGUCUUCUCGACGCCCCGAGUGCCCCCAACGCAAGCGAAAAACGAUCAGAAGACAUUUUUGAUCAAUGAUACCUUCGAUACAUCCAUUAACGUGAAGAAAAACCCGACUUAUCAAUCAUUUGCUAAUAACGAAUCAUUGCUGGUAGAAAUUUGGGGCUAUGAUGUCAAGUUGAAUUAUUUCGUUGAUCAGACGCAAAUGGAGUCUCAGCAGGUCGAAUUUUACGUCUCUGUCGAUGUCGAAGAAAGAGAAGCUGACGGUUUAUAUCAUCCUGUUGCUGUAAAACCUGAUGGUGCACUACGACUUCAUGCAAAUCGCUCUCGACGCAUACUCGUGCGCGUGAUACAAUCGGAUCAGCAGCCUUUUGCAUUAUCUAAGAUCGUUCAAGUUCGCAUUGCAGCUCCAGACGCCCCUUCGGUCAAUCGAAUGGCUUCAAUGUCAAGAGUAAUGGGCAAGACAACGCAACGAAUGCUACCAAAAUCUGCACAUCACGAAGAAAGUGCUUCGAACGAGAAUGAGUCACUCAAAUUGGACUCAAGCAAAUGGAAAAAACUUAAUUUAUGGGGUGACUGUGGAGUGAAUGAUUCAAGUCGAUCACUCUGUGCGACUUUAUGCUGGGAACAUGCUCCGGAUAGUGACCUAGAGCCUAUUAACACAGCUGGGACUCGUUCGACAUAUCGUCUUGCAAUAGCUUUUACAACUCGCUGGUCAAAAGUACCGAUUGCGAUCUCGAAAAGCUUGGUGACUAAGGUCUGUGGAAGCAACGUCUCAGCUGCUCAAAGAUUUACUCGCAACUUGGAGGCUUCACGUACCGUGUGGUGGGCGAAAGAAAGUUACAGUCGCAGUUAUCGACUUGGUACAUGGUAUGCUGCUGACUUUAUGGUGGAAGAAGUACCUAAAGACGACGAUUCCAACUCUUCAAAUGAAUCCAACGAUGCAGCUUUAAUCAGUGAAUACGUUGUCGCUCACCACAUCAAUGGCUUGCUGCGACUGGAGAACACGAUGCAAUUAGAACGGUUGCGGCAAAAAGUGUGGACUUUCAUGAACUUACCAUCAGGUAAAAGUCAGGAUAAUUCUGAACCUUUGACAGCGUCCAAAGUGAAUGCAUGUCUAUGCGAGCUCGACAACAAAAAGGACGAAGUUGCUUGUGCAUUUGAAUGCGUACAAUUUGACUCGCCUGAUCUGUAUCUCCGUUACCAGAAGCGAGCUGACCUUCUCAUGAACCUUUUUACGGGUAAAGUCGUGAAUUCUGAAGCAGUAACGACCGUCGAAAACUCAUCGGACAAGUCCCUUGUGGUCGAUGAUUCACUUCAGCUAAGACAACACAUUAUUCAUUUCGUGUCGGAACCAACGCAAUUGAUCGGUGGCGAUCAGUUAGGAGGUGAAAUGAGUGGAUUUCUUAUGCUUUCGCUAUCAUGUUUUGAUCAAGAGACAGCGGCCGCGAUUGUAACACCUUUAGGAGGUGCUACAGUGCGAUCUCCAAAAGCUGGUACUCACCAAGUGUCGUGGGAACGACAAUGGUUUGUCUUAAAGCGACCAUUUCUGUAUGCGUAUAUGAGUUUUGCACGCAAACAACAGACUGGUGUCAUGGAUUUAUCACUCUGUCGGCUUAUUGUGGCAACUUCGGCCGAUGUGCCGUUCUCGUUUCGUCUUGUGUGCGUGAAUCCAAUGAAGCAGUGCACAGUAUGGUGGCUACAGGCGUCGACAGCUGCUGAGAUGCGAGCGUGGUUGGUUGCGAUCGAUCCACUUAAGAUUCAAGCACGGCAAAGCGUUACAUCUACGCUUUCUGCAGCAGAAACACCCGCACUUACAGCCUAA